CGAUUAAUUUGUAUGAUCUUUAUAUCAUACGAUGUUGUUGAUCAAUUAUUUCCUACAAAUACGCUAAGGAAAACUUCACAAUGGAAGGCAAUAACACAGUUAAUACAUUUGAUAUGGAAUUUUCCUAUGGAGGGGCAUUCGAUUCUCUGGAUAUAUUUAAAGAAGAAGACGCUAUGAACAUAAUUAAAGACAUGCUUCCUCUUGAAAUGGAGAGUUUUUUUGAAGAUAUCGAUCAGAUGGAACUUUCAGAUGACGCUGCUUCAAGUAAUCUAACGAGUGACUGUAAUUUGGAACCUCUUGAAAUAACUGAACAUAGUACGUUGUUACAGUCGAAAGCUCCCAGUGCUUUCGUAUUGCCAUCGAGACAAGUUGGUACUCCUGAAUUCGCAAAUGCUGGUGAAAUAAAGCAAGUAUGCAGUUUAACUGCCUCAGAUCCUGUUAUGGCUGCUCACAUGACUCCUGUUCUUAAUUUGGCAAGUCCAAGCUGUGGCGAAUUAAAUGCAGCAUCGUCAAUUAUAAUCGAAAAUCCAGUGGAAAAGAGGAAUGGGUUUGUAAAAACCGAGUUGGUAGAUAUCUGUGGGCCGUUAAUGAAAAAUGAGCCAAUUUUAUCCGAUUCAAGUUAUUUUAAUCCCAAUACAAUAAAAAAAAUUGGAUCAAAUAUGCAGAACAACAUAACAUCUAGAGAAUUAAUAAAAGCUGAAGUCAAAAAUAAACAACAAGAAUAUGAAAAGAAUAAUCAACCAACUGUAGUUGCAGAAGACUUGAAAAAUUUGCAUCCGAGCCAACAUUUGUUAAUUCAAAGAAAUCCCACAAUUAUGUAUUCUACCGUGAGUACCACUCCAACAACAUUCGUGAAUGGGACUUCAAUAAUUUCACAAAUGCCCGUUAUAUUUGAACCAACCCCUAUAACUGCGUCAAAUAACAUCUCCAAAGUUGGUAACAAUGCAUCUAUUGAAAAUAAGGUACCAAUCAACCGCAUUCAACCAAGAAAAAAAGAAGUUAAAAGGUCUGCCCACAAUGCAAUUGAGCGUCGCUACCGUACCUCAAUAAAUGACAAAAUAUCAGAACUAAAAAAUUUGAUAAUAGGCGAAUCAGCAAAACUUAAUAAAUCCGCUGUUUUGCGAAAGUCGAUUGAUAAAAUACGUGAUCUUCAAAAGCAAAAUUCUGAAAUGCGCAUGGAGAUACAGAGGCUUCAAAAUGAACUUCUCAAUCAAAGCAAUUGUAAUGUCAAACAUUUGCUGAACUCAACGUUCAUUGAGAAAAAUGACGAUAAGAGAAAUGCUAUAAACUCUACUACCAAACUUGAGAAGCAAAGGAUUAUUACACCUCCUUGUAGUGAUGAAUCAAACGCCUCUUCGCGGUCUCCAACUCAUUCUGAUAUUUCUUUACCUUGUUCGCCAUUCAAUGGAUCUGUUAACAACAGCAAUUCUUAUAAAAUAAAGAAUAUGUCAACUGCUAUUCGUGAUAUGUCUCACUCACGACUUACUCUAUGUAUCUUUAUGUUGGCUUUUAUAGCAAUAAAUCCGUUCCAACUGUUUUUAUCCAGAGCCAGCGAAACAUUUGGCUUUUAUGAAAAUAAUGGUAACUUUGACGGCAUCACCCAGCGUCGAAUUUUAAACAUCGAUGAACAAAGCACCAAUAAUUCUAAGAUUUGGUAUAACUACUUCUGCUCGUUUUUCUUAUCUCUAAUUAACUUCGUAAUCAUUAUGACUUGCUUAAUAAAGUUUGUUAAAUAUGUGAAUCCACUCCGUAAUAUAAAAAAUUCUGACUACAAGACCCAAAAGGAAUAUGGUGAUAAAUUGUAUGAAAAGGGUGACUUGACAGGUGCCUAUUUGGAGUACAUGUCCUGUUUGAAAAGCCUUGGAGUGAAAAUGCCGACAUGCGCUUCUGAUUUUGUGAUUUUAACGACUUGGCAAUUUAUACGCCUUUUUAUUUUCCACCUGAGGAUCCGCUGCAAAAUUUAUAGAAAAUCUGACCCAAAUACUGAAAGUAAAGCUUCUAACGCAAGAGAAUUGGCACUUUUUUUUAACAGAUUGAACCAACUGCAGUUAACAACGGAAACAAAUCCUGUGCAUGGCUUGACAAUAACGUUGUACGCAUUAGAUUUGGCACACACUGCACACAAUAUGCUUAACCACGAAGAUAUGACUACAAUUUACUUAACAUCAGCGUUACGAAUAAAGCAAUGCUCCCCAAGAUCGUUGAAGUUUUUUAUAAGAUAUUGCCUUAGAAAAGGAAAACAGGAGUGGUUUAAGUCCAGCGGGGAGAGCAAGCAGUAUAAUUGGAUAUUUACUUCUUUUGGGACCCAAUACAUAAUUGAAUCUGAUUUUCGCACAAACAAAAUAAUGCUUAUCGAUGAUAGUAUUUUCACACAAUUGCCGACAACUGCAAAUCCAUUAUCAUACUUACUCAAGAACUAUCAAGAGUAUUUAUUACUGCAAGCUAUUCAAAGCUUGGUUGGUUCGACCAGUAAGUUUUGUGAAACAAAAAAAACUAGCUUCAAGGGUCAUGAUACAAUUAACAGUCGAUAUGGUGAUAAUACUAUGGCUAGUAAUGCAAUGACAUUUAUUUCUAUGCUAAGAGAUUCAUUUUGCCCCGACCAUAAUAAUGAGAAAACUGAAUGGUGGAUUAAUGUACUAGAGGUGUUCGUUUAUUGGUUACUUGGCGAGGACUUGAAGGCGCAAGAAUCAUAUCAACGUGCCAGAGUGUUGCCAAACGGAUUGGAAUCUAGUAAUGAUAGACUUCCAAAAGCUUUUUACUUAGCUAUGCAAUCAAAAUUUUUAUCUAUGCAGUAUUGCUCUAAUUUCGGUAGUCGGGACUCGAAUGACAUUAUAAAUAUUUGCAACGUAUCCGGAAACUGUCUCCAAGAAUGUUUGACGCUUAAUAAAAUAACUAGUGUGAGAAAAAUUAAUUUGAUGUUUCAACUACUAACUUGUGAUUGGAUCCUCGAAACUAAAACUCAACUAUGGGAAGCAGAAUACAUGCGCGCUGAUAAAGUUGUGAACAAACAAGUUCCCAGUGAAUAUUUGGAAAAGUUUCAAAAAGACCUAAAUUCCAUGCGUCACAUUAUAGAGGCUUUACAAAUUGGACAACAACGAAUCUAUUUGUACGAAGCCGUGUGUCGCCUUAUGGCAGGAGUGGCACCUGGGCCGACCCAACAACUUUUGGAUCGAAGUUUGCGCCAUAGAUCUCUGCGAUCAUCAGCUAUAUGUGGUGGGAAAGAUAAAAGCAAUAUAUACGAAGGAUUUGAGCGUGAAAGAGCCACAGCAAUUUAUAUCGCAUGUAAAUAUUUGCCUACCGCAUUGAUUUGCUCACCAGGCGAAAGGGUUGGAAUGCUAGCUGAAGCGGCAAAAACUUUGGAAAAGGUGGGAGACAAAAGAAAACUAAAUGAUUGUUAUAAGUUGAUAAAGUUUUUUGAUGGCAGCAUGGAUGUGCUCGAUUAAAUUGCCUUUUUUAUUGUUAUGAACAUUAUUAGUAGUCAUUAAAUAAAAAGUAGAAGUAAGCAAAUACAA